CAGAAGAGACAAAAAGUUUCUACAUAAAUUUCGCUCUACUGACGGCAUGGACAGAAAGAAAAAAAAGCACUAGCUAGUAUUAAGUUUAGGGCGGGUCUUGAAGGUCGCUAAAUAGCUCCCCAUCCUGCGACUUCUCUCCAGCUUUUGUCUGGGUUCACGUUAUCCUCAUAUUCGACAUGUCGGAACAAAGGCUAUCCUUUUUCCAGCUGGCGCUGUUAACAAUGCCCUGGAUUGGCGUUCAAGCCAUCUGGUCUACAGAGUUCAGUGUCAUCACGCCUGUCAUGGAAUCAUACCAUCUUGGGCCUUUCUGGUCGCGAAACAUCUGGAUUUUCGGCCCCAUUACCGGCUUCUUCACUGCCCCGGUUGUCGGAGCCUUUUCCGAUGCCUGUACCAGUCGUCUCGGUCGACGGAGACCGUUUAUCAUCGCAGGUCUCAUCUUAACCGUUAUUGCCUCAACUGUCUUUGCCCUCUCGAACAACUACGGUAGCGCGAGACUCGCGGUUUCUUUCAUCUCCUUCAUCAUCCUGGAUAUCACCAUCAAUGUUAUGCAAACGCCGCUGAGAGCACUGGCUGGUGACAAUGCUGCCGAAGAUCAACAGACCACGGUGCAAUUGUUUGCGACCUUUUUCCAGGGCUGUGGUUCCAUGCUUGGCUUUGGUCUUUCUCGGGCCUUCUGGACAGGCUCACCUGAGGAUCUCCCCAAGCUCAUUUUCACGGUCAUGGCCGUCAACAUCUUCUUCAUUACCUUAACCUGCUUUGUCAUUACCGAGAAGCGCACUACUCGUGAAGUUAAAAAGAUUAAGGUCACCGAGCCUUUUGUCGUUGUCAUCCGGAACGUCUUCAAGAUGGACAAAAAGAUGGUCGUCGUAUGCGCUAUUGAAUUCUUGUCAUGGGCUGCCGCUUUUGCCUACUGGCCGGCUGCUUCCAGUUGGUGGGGCAUCAACGUGUACAAAGGUUGCCCCAAAGACACUGGCUGCUCCGCAGAAAGAGAGGCACUCUACAAGGAGGGACAAAAGAACUAUGGCGACUCUUCACUUUACCAAGCCAUCAUCCAAACAGUUUUCGGUCUUUCCCUAGCCUUUAUCGUUUCUCGCGGUAUUCUGACCAAAGUCCGUAUUCCAUACCUCCUUUGCCUUGCGGUCGGUGCAGUCUUCUUUAUCCUUGCCAAAGUCGGACCACAGACAGUUACCAUGGCCUACUUUGUCACCAUGCUCUGGGCUAUAUCCAAUUCUGCCAUCAAUGCCUUCCCCUUUGCCCUUGUCGGAAGAUACGCUGCUGAGGACACAUCUGAUGAAAUUGGCGUGCGGAUGGGUCUCCUCAAUUUGUUCAUCUGCUUACCUCAACUCAUCAUUACCUUUGUCGUUUCUGCAAUGAGCGACUCUCUCGGUGAAGAAGGUCUUCCGUGGGCGUUCCUGAUUGCUGGAUACUGUUUGGGACUCGCAAGUAUUCUCUGUAUAUUCAUCCAAGAAGGGCCAAUUGCCGUGAAUAAAGGCAAAGAGGUGGCAGAUGAGGCAAACGUCCCAGUCGCGGAAGUAAAGCAGUAAACAAGCUAGAAGAACUUCGGUAUUGAAUUUCUAUGAGUUAUUUGUGGCCCCAUUUGUGGGAAGGAUAUCCCUGGACCGCUCUAUUUUUGGGUCGCUUGGGAUGUGCUUCUUUUAGUAAUACAUUAGCUGUGUUGAGCACAGCGUUAGUACCCUCCCCAA